AUGGCGUCUUGGUUUGCGGACAACAGGCUUGCUGAUACGGCCGAUGCACCAUUGGAGUUCUCUCAAGAACCUUGCGCCAAGCAGUCCGACGCAUACAAUUGUGGCAUCUUUGCCAUCGAGGUCGUGGUUGCCCUCCUGGCCCAGAGCCCAAUACCGCAAGGUAUCUAUGCCGCCAUGUCCCGUACACGGCUUCCGACAGAAUCGAGCGUCCUCGAGAAAAAGGUGAGCGAGAUACUCGCAUCGAGAGAGAGCAAGACGACCGAGCCGGCUCCAGCACCCGACUACCCCGACAUCAACGACGGUGUCCGCCGACAGUUGGAGGCACUUGAGCGACGUAUCGAGAGCGAGGAGCGGGAACGUGACGAUACCUGGUCGGAGGGGCUUCGUUUCUUGUUGGCGGCCAAGCAGGCGAAGGAGGCCGGCAAUGAUGUUGUGGCGCUGCAGAUGUACGAGCAAGCACUGCCAUUUCCCCCUGGCCAGGCGAAGCUCUUGGGCAAGAUCGAAAAGUUGCGGUCAAAGCUUGGAAACAAGCUUCCAGCCGAAACGGCGUGGGCUCCGGCGUCGACUCAUGAAGGCCUGAAGCGACAUGGAAGGGCUACUGGCGACAUGGAAGGGCUACUGGCGACAUGGCACCGUACCAUGACCGCAAUUGAGAUCUUCUGGGUGACGCCAAUGCCCGAAGAAGACUGCUAG